AUGACCUUGACCAAUAAAGAUAACAAUUUUUUUUCAUCGAACAAAAAGUACAGAACCGUGAGAGAAUGGCUGCAGAAGCGCGUGCGAGAAGCGAUAUCGCGACAGAGGUUGAAGGGUGCAGAAGAAAUCGUAUACAUACACCAAAAGACAGCCCCCGAGCGGCUGUGCACAAAACCAGCAUGUGUGGAUGUAUCGAAGAUAGACGUGAUUUUCUUUGCACCAACAACAUCGGUUGAUAGCAGACAUGUCUCAUCUCGGCCACCGAUUCUGCCUCCAAUCCGCCCGACACGACCAGACUCGAGCGUUUUUCGGGAUGUCAAUGCAUGGCUGGAAGCUAGUGCAAACACGCCAUCACCGCCACUCAUGUCUGGGAUCUCAUACUGGAAAGAGACAACAGUCCCCAAUGUCAAAGGCUCGGCAGUCGCUCAAUACGCUGUGCCACUAUCCGUAGCCUUCGGCGUAGCCAGGUCGACAACAGCGACAAGACAACGAACACCAUGUUUCCGACGUUUAGCUAGAAAAUUGCAAGUUCAAAUGCCUUCGAUACUACGUACCAAAUCUACGCAUCUGCCGGGUAAGGAGCGUAGGAGAAGACAAUCAGUGUGCAUAACUCCUCUAUCUAUUUCCUAUCCGAACGUCCAGGAAGACACCACUCCUGUGCUCAUAACACGAUCGACAUCCUUCCUCAAACCUUUGAUCCUGCCACUGAGGCGGCAAACAUCGGCUCGUUAUGGAGUGUUGAUGUCUGUCAGCGAUUCACGAGAAUGUAUUCCUCCUCGACAUGGCACACCCAACAGUGCAAGAUUCGGUGACAUGGACAAUGACCCUGAGCGACAUGUCCAUCAGACUUUUAUACGCACAGGGCGAGGCACAGACAGCGCAAGGCCGCCUACAGCAUUAGCAGACCUUGUUUGCGAAGACUCCGUGGGAGAUUUGUCCGAUGCCCCGACAUACUCCUCCGGCCCACCGCCCCCGUCGUACCGGUCGCGUUGUGAGUCGAUGCUUACUACAUCGUCUUUCGGUUGUAUUGACGGAAUGAACCCGGCGCAGCGUCAAGUUAGCCAGCAGCGGGUAGCAUUACAACGGGGAAUGAGAUGCAAGCUGAAGAGGCUCGCCCAAAACUUUGCGAUUUGA